AUGACAGAACAACCUGUUCAUCAUCUUGGCACCGGUCUGGCUGCAGGACAAGCUCCCACUUACACCUAUGUCCCCAACCAAGGUUAUGAAACCGCCACUUCAGGCCCUGACGCCACCCCGCAAACAUCGUCAUCUGCUGGGGGCCUUACCGAAUACGCCGCUGACAACGAGGACGAGACUUACGAAGAUAUCUUCGACGAUGAAGAUGAGGAAUAUUAUGAGGAGGCAGAGUACGAUCCAUCUGGUGGCGAUCUCACCAAAUCCUACAACCGCCAACGUAAACUCAACGAUCCAAACGCGACUGCUCCUCGAAUAAAUCCGCAAAAGCCCGCUGCCAACACACUGUCAAGUGUUGAUGACCAAAUAUCCAGCCUCGCAAAGCAUGCCGCAAAGAUUCGGCUAGAUGGCGGAGAAAGGGUUAAAACACAUGGCAAAGACAAGUCGGACCGCGCAACCAGCGAACAGGUCUUGGAUCCACGGACCCGGAUGAUCCUACUACAAAUGAUCAAUAGAGGGAUUGUAUCGGAGGUGAAUGGAUGCUUAAGUACGGGGAAGGAGGCAAAUGUUUACGGGGCGCUAUCGGUUCCGGUUUCGGAAGUGGGCGAAGAAGUCCAACCCAUUCAUCGCGCGAUAAAGGUCUACAAGACCAGCAUUUUAGUGUUCAAGGACCGAGAUCGAUAUGUGACUGGAGAGCAUCGUUUCAGGUCCGGGUACAAUAAAGGGAACAACCGAGCUAUGGUCAAAGUAUGGGCCGAAAAGGAGUUCCGAAAUCUGAAGCGUCUAUACCUUGCUGGGAUUCCAUGUCCAGAGCCAGUUUAUCUCCGAUUACAUGUCCUCGUUAUGGGCUUUCUCGGUGACAAGAAAGGCUGGGCUGCUCCGCGGCUACGAGACGUGGACCUCGAGGGGGAUGACGUGGAUGAGCAAUGGCGAGUUCUCUACUUGCAGCUACUCGGGCUCAUGCGACGGAUGUAUCAAACGUGCAAGCUUGUACAUGCAGAUCUAAGCGAAUACAACGUACUAUACCACCAAAAGAAGUUGUUCAUCAUCGACGUCUCUCAAAGCGUGGAACAUGACCACCCUCGAUCACUGGAAUUUCUGCGGAUGGAUAUUAAGAACGUUUCAGAUUUCUUUCGAAGAAAGAACGUAGAUGUCCUUCCUGAGAGGAGUGUUUUUGGAUUCAUUACGGAUCACGGUGUACCGGUACAAGAUCCUGAGCUUACAGAGACUCUGGAGAAGCUGUACGUAGAAAGACCCGAAGUAGAGGAAGGAGACCAGGCUACCGCUGAGCAGGAAGUCCAAAACGAGGUUUUCCGCCAACAAUAUAUUCCUCAGACCCUAGAUCAGGUCUACGAUAUUGAGCGCGAUGCCGAGAAAGUUGGGAAAGGCCAGAAAGAUGAUCUAGUUUAUAGGAAUCUAUUAGCAGAUAGGUUACCCAUGUCAUCAGGAAAUGAGGCUGAUGCCGAAGAUACAAUGGGUGGCAGUACUUCGCCUGGCAGUGGGGAGGAAGAUGAAGGAAGUGACACCGAAGAUGAAAGUCGAUUCGAGAAGGGCACUCCAAGAGGAAAGAGAUUCGAGGAUAAAGAUACUAAGAAGGAGCAUAAAAAAGCAGUCAAAGAAGAAAAGCGUGAAAAACGGAAAGAGAAGAUGCCAAAGCAUAUUAAAAAGAAGCUUAUCAGCUCGUCGGCAAAGUAUAAGCAUUAA